AUGGAGAAGUCACCGGAGUCUCGAGCACCCGAACCUUACCACGGAACCAGCAACUGUUACAAAUCUUCUUCAGGCACACAAACUCAAGACAAUUUGAUCUUCAUGGAGAGGUUAUACGCGAGAAAGGUGUUAAAUCUGUUGCGUCUCACGGAAUUUACGAUCCUCGUCGAGUAUAUCGAGGUGGUUGUACCAAUUGUCUACUCCAUCUACGUUGUGGCGAUGUCGUAUUUUCCAAAUCGCAUAUACUACACCCAGCUUGCCCACAUGGAUGCCGACAAGCUUCAAAGCACACUAUCGAACGUGCUUUUGUACAGUUUUCUUGAGUUCAUAUCACUCGUUGUGCUCAUUUUGUUUCUGCGAAGAACGGUGGGGUUCUCGCCUGCGAAUCAACUGGCGUUUGUACUCCGAACUCAAUGGAAAAUGGUACAGUCCAAACUGGUGCUGUGGGUGGUUUACGUUGUGCAGUCAUCACUUGUGCAUUUCGGUACGCAUACGUAA